AUGGAAGAUCUAUCGGAACGCUCACGAAGGCAACAUUCCGAUAAUCGAAGACUGGAAACACCAGGUCGGAGUUCAAGACGUGAUGGCGCCUCACACAGCCAGAGCUGCCCGAGGAGUCCGCGCAGAGAUAGAAGUCGCAGCCAGCUUCAAGUUAAGAACCGGAACGCUCAAGAUGCUGAUCUGCAGCGGGAUCGUGAACGUGUCAAGGCACUGGAAAAUCACCUGCUGAAAGAACGUCGGCGACUUCUUCAGGCUGAGGAGCGAAUGUGCUCGUCCUCUUCAAGACGCAAUCGCGAAGACCGAACAAGGAGCCCCAGUCACCACAGCGUGCGUCGUACUACUACGGGCCAACGCAGCCGCCAGCAUGGGUCGGUGAACGGAGCAGCCGAGCCACGUGUCGACGAGGGACAUAUGACAAGCGAGUUGUCGGUUGAGACUUUGUUGCAACAAGUAAAUAAAAAGUUAGAUAUUAUAUACAAAAUUGAAAAACGGUUUGAAGAUCUUCAAGAUACGGUAGAAUUCUAUGCAGAGCAGUAUCAAAUGAUGAUAGAUUUUAAAAAAACCACGGAGAAGAAAUUUAAAGCAUUGGAGCAAAAAAAUGUUUUCUUGGAAAAGCAAAAUCAGGCCUUAGAAGAAAGAAUAUUGGAGUUAGAACAAAAAGAGAAGGACAAAAAUGUGGAAAUAGUAGGAUUAGAAAAAGAAAAAGAUGAGGAAAUAGUGGAUAUAGUAAAAAAAAUACCUAUAACAUUGAACUUGGAAGCUGAAGACAUAACUGAUGCAAAAAGGGUAGGUACAACUAUUGGCAGCUCCGCGAUGGAGGCCGGUUGA